UCAGUUGGUUUCUGGUGCUCUAAUUUUGGUCAAGAUGAAACUAGCACUCUCUCUCACGUUUGCCUUUAUGUUCGCCAUAAGUGUUACCUUUUGUCUGACAUUAAUGUUACUCAGGGCCUCGCCAGGAGGUAACCACUCUGACGAACAUAUCCACCACCAUUAUAUCCAUCUGGAUGAGUCCACUUCCCACAAUAACCGAUCACCCCGACACUACAAACUGAUGAAGAUGCCAGUGUUGUUGAGCAACGAUUCCAUCGAACUCGAAUCCGAACAAAAAAUUCAACACUAUCAGCACACUUCUCAAGAGGAAAACCUCCUGGAAGAGCAGCAAACUAAUGUAUCUGCCCAGGUCAAAAAUGAUUCAUCCCCGGAUCAGGACACGAAGAAAACAGAAAACGUUACUUGGACUCUGGAACUUUUGGAUGAUAAUUUUUAUAAUCUGACUUCCGAGGAAGAUUCUGAGGGGAAUUUGACAGCAGUUUUGAGGAUUGACCAACAGGAUUUGGAAAACUUCACGAUCGUACAUGGAAACUGCUCGCAUUGCAUGGAGGAAUAUGACAAUGCAACCAGCUGUAUACCUUCAAUCAAAGCUGUGUGAUGUAGACUCCCAAUGGACCUACACUGGAGUAUCAUCUCCAACCCCCAUUUGCUGCCACAUGGGGCGCGAAAUCCAAUGUUGAAUCUAUCACUGCCGGCCUGGCUGAGAGUUUUCAGACCCUGCUAUGUUCAUGGACAUUCUUAGCAUAAGUUUCGUUUUCAGUAGUUCGUAGAGUUUUCAUUAUUAUUAUUUAUAAUUCGCUGCCAAAUAGGCAGCCACCCUACCGGCCUGAUCCAAUGAUUUUUGAUCCCGCUAUGUUCAAGGACAUUCUUAGCAUAAGUUUCGUUUUCAGUAGUUUGUAGAAUUUGCAGUAAAAAUGAUCUCAAUAAAAAGUUGUGGUCGAAAAA